AUGGCAUCUCUAAAUCAAACCAGAAGCAGCAACACCACCACUAAGGCAACGAGGGGUCGCCAGAAGAUUCCGAUAAAGAAACUUGAAAAUGAAAGCAGUCGCCAAGUGACUUUCUCCAAGCGCCGCACUGGUUUGUUCAAGAAAGCGAUCGAGCUUUGCAUUUUAUGCGGUUGCAACAUCGGCAUCAUCGUGUUCUCUCCCAAAGGAAAACCGUUUUGCUUUGGUCACCCCGAUAUCGACACGAUAUUGGAGCGUUACCUUAGCAAAAACCCUAACCAUGAUGAUGGUUUGAUGAUGUCUCCAUGUCUCGAAGAGUUCAACGAGGAGAUCCGGGAGACAUUGGAGAAACUUGAGGAAGAAAAAAAGCGAAGCAAAGAGAUCCAAAAGGAAAACGAAGAGAGAAAAAUGAAGGGACUGUUUUGGUGGGAUGACCCUAUUGAUAAUAAUAUGGGAAUUGAGGAACUUGAAGCUUAUGCUAAAGCCUUGGAGGAGUUAAGGAAUAAUGUGGCUAAUAGGGCUAGUGUAUUGAUGGAAGAUGUUUUUGCCAUGUCGACUGCCAUGACGGUGGCUAAUCCUGAUGGUAUGGGCAACAAUUUUGCCGUCCAAAACAGUGGCUUUGCCGUCGGAGACACCGGAGGGUACGGGGAUUUCAAUCUAGGUGUUGAAGGUUUUAAUUUUGGUCAUGGUCAUGACUUAGAUUAUUAA